AGAAUGACCGUUGCUUACCACGCUCUUUGAUCAAAACCAACUGCGUACCCUCGUUUCAGCGCCCAACGCUACAACCUAAUCUGAAGUAUCGAUCUCGGGCAGUAUAGAAGAAAAAAGAAACCAAAUCUCCUGCAAGAUGGCGGCAAUGAGAUUUCAAGCCCGAUAGACCGCUUCCUCUACAAUUCCCUCCUUCGUACAGCCCACAAUCACAUUAGCUUUGUCGACAACUUUCACACCUGCAGCAUCAUGCACAGCCAACAAGCUCACAAUGCUGCCUCCACCAGGUUAUCUGAUAUGGGCGAACGAGCCUGUACCAUUCCCAGGCACAACAGUCACGAACUGCUAUCCGCCCGAGUUUCUCAAGAGCUACACCCCAGUCUCGGCCGGUGUUACGGCGUCUUCCAUUGUCCCCGUAAUGAGCCCCUUGGUGUGCCCCUCAAACUUCUGCACACAACGUGUGGGAGAAGACAACUACAUAGCGUGUUGUCCGUCAGGGUACCAAUUUCAAGCGCCCGCUACUCCUCAAAUCAGAGACCGUCCGUUCUACGGAGGUACGUGCUAUAGCGAGUUCUCCGUUUCAAAAUCGGCUACAGUUCUGAAGUACGGCGAGGAUGGGCAAACCGACGUGGAGCUUUGGGCAGCGACCACUACGGGCGCGAACGCUUAUGCACACCCUAUCGAUGGCUUUGCCAUAAGCUUUCCUACACUGGGUUGCGCUGCUCAGGUAUCCUCCUUAUCCCUCGCUAGUUCACCCUCAGGGUCAAACACCACAUCUACUUCAUCUUCUUCCCGCGAUCCUCGCAGCAGUUCUUUCAGCAGCUCUUCGACAGCUGCUGCAGGCGUGACUGUCUCAUCGUUAAACACCUCCAGCACCAUUUCUCCUGGUACCAUAGCCGGUGCCGUCAUAGGCUCCGUAGUCGGACUCGCGACCAUCAUCGGUCUUGUGUUCUUCCUCCUUUACCGUCGCAAGCACGCGCAAUCACAGUCCGACCCAAAAGCCCCCCAAUUCGAGGACGACAUGGCUGGCCUCCACCAUGAGAAGAACUGCGAUGUCGUUGCCCUCGAGAUCGGCACGUCUGGACGUUCACUGAGCUAUACGAAUAGUGGCCGGCAUACAUACGAAAUGGAUGCUCAGUCGGUGCAUGAGAUGCCUGUGCGAAGGGAGUAGUGAGGCUUAAUCGCGAGCUUGUUGUUAUGAAUGCUCUUCUGCUCGAAGGAGUUAGAAUGUAGAAGAUGUGUCAAGAACCUACAAUUUUUUGUUAUUUAACGGCUGUGUUUUUAAUGACUUGAGGAAAACUAUCGAAUCUAACUUUCAAGAACUAGUGCGAUGCUAAAUUGGAGGUUUUCUUAUUAUUUAUUUCAUAUCUCCUGUAUACCUUCAUUGUUAUAUCGACUUAAUCAUCGCCACACUUUGGCAACGUACCAAGGUGUAUGCCAUUGUAAUCUCUGAAAAUCUUUCAAAGUUUUGUCACUUCAAGUGUAACGAGUUUCGUUCCACGCUCUUCCGUCCACCACGGAUUAACAUUCUUUAACAUUCUGAUCCCGAAUGACGUUAUCAAGAAUUCCGAGAAAGGAUAUUAGGAGAGCUCAAUCCUUGAACUUCAUUCGGU